AAUCAAUAGGGCCCGCAAUCCACAUUGGCACCUGAGGCGGCCACACUUAUGCCUGAGCGGUUUUGGAGCAAGAAGAUAACGGGAGUGCACAUCACAUUGAUGUCGUACAACUGCGUCUUGGCGAUGCCGACCUUGAACCGGGCCACGGCGGUGACCGUCACGGUGAAAGCAGAGCUAUUGACGUCGGCGCCGUUGAUGAAGGCCAUGGCCAUCGAUCCCCGAGACACCGACACUGUAGCGUCGACAGUCGCCACGCUCCCACGGGUCUGCCACCCAGCCAUGAGCGACGUCGCGUUCUUCUUCAGGUCGGCCUUGGUCCAGAUCGACGCCGGGGUCACCACCGUGCUGUUGAGCACGUCGACGAGGAUGGUGUUGUACCACACUGCCGCGCGCUGGCUGGUGUUGUUGGCGGCGAGGGUGAAGGUGAGAUUCGCACCUCCAUUGCCCACCAACAGGUGGCUCCUAGGAUUGGUUACGGAGAAGAAAAUGCGUGCAGGGCUCAGCAGGACGGAGAAGACGGUGACGACGACCGCCACGGCGAGGAUCGCCAUCAGAGCUGCCAGGAUGUAGUGUUUGAGAUUCAGGGCCUUCAGGCCAGUCCGCGGCGGAGCCAUGCGUAUAUGGGUGUGGCAGCAGCAGCAGCUCUAGCCAGAGCGUAUGGUGGUUCAAACUAGUGUGCGAGUACUGCCUGCUGCCACCAGUUUAUACCGUGCAUGCCACUAUAAUUUUAGUAUGCAAAUUAUUUGUGGUCACAAUGACCGGGGGAAAGAGCCCUCCCCCCGCCCCCGAACCAGAUACCACCAAAUCACCCCAAUUUCCAAAUCCACAAAAAUCUGCGCAGAUUCA